AAAAUUAGUAAGUGCAACAUGAAAUUGCCUUUUCACACAUUAUUGGGACCUGUUUUGAAGAACAAUCAUAGGCAUAUCAAGGAGUUUUGUGCUAAUCCGGGGCUGACGUUCUCCCCUCUAUACGUUGGCGUCCUAAGCGUUCUUGGCAUGGUGUUGAGUGUGUUUGAUAUGUUAAGGAUAAUUAACUGUGGUCCCACGCUGCCAGGAUAUCUGUGGAAGACGAAAUCCAAACCUGGAAAACUGAUAUCCCCAGAAACAGAAAGAGAUUUUAAAUUGAUUUGUUUAGUAUGGUCGUUUGAAUACUACGCCUCUCUUUUGGUUGGCCUUUUUACGAACAACCCGAUUUUUUUCCUGCCCUUUUUACUGCUAUACGCCCUUAUAGUGUUUUUGGAAUUCAUGAUAUACUGUAUGAGGGUGUUCACUGAUGGUAUAAACUUUUCCAAAACUAGUCUAAUAAUGUCAAUGUUCAUGAUUUACAAUUGGAUGACAGUUUUUUGUACUUUUAUACAUACAACGACGAAAUGCGACUUAUAAUAAUAGUUUUAAUAAAAUUAAUAUAUUCUGUAAGGAUCUACAAAU